CCCGUGUUUAUUAGGGGCGCCGCGGCGGAGGCGGAGGCCAGAGCCCGCUGCAGCCGCCCGGGGAGCGAGCGACUGACGGAGCGCGGCCAUGAACCCCAACUGCGCCCGCUGCGGGAAGAUCGUCUACCCCACCGAGACGGUGAACUGCCUGGACAAGUUCUGGCAUAAAGCAUGUUUCCACUGCGAGACCUGCAAGAUGACCCUAAACAUGAAAAACUACAAGGGCUAUGAGAAGAAGCCGUAUUGCAAUGCACACUACCCGAAGCAGUCCUUCACCAUGGUGGCAGACACUCCGGAGAACCUGCGCCUAAAGCAGCAGAGCGAGCUUCAGAGCCAGAUUCGCUACAAGGAGGAUUUUGAGAAGAACAAAGGGAAGGGAUUCAGCGUGGUGGCUGACACCCCCGAGCUGCAGAGAAUCAAGAAGACUCAGGACCAGAUCAGCAACAUCAAGUACCAUGAAGAGUUUGAGAAGAGCAGGAUGGGCCCAAGUGGCGGCGAGGGUGGUGAUAUGGAACGCAGGAACUCCCAGGAUGGUGCCAACUACAGGAGACCUGUGGAACAGCAUCAGCCGCCUCCUCAAGUCCAGCCCAGCAGCCCUGCCUACCAGCAGCAGCAGCCUCCAUCUCAGUCCUAUGGCUUCAAGGAGCCUGCAGCACCAGCCUCUACACAGCGUAAUGCCCCUUCAGGAGGAGGAGGAGGAGGAGGAGGAAAGCGGUUCCGUGCAGUCUACGACUACAACGCUGCUGACGAAGACGAGGUCUCUUUCCAGGAUGGGGACACCAUCGUUAACGUGCAGCAGAUCGAUGAUGGCUGGAUGUACGGCACGGUCGAGCGCACGGGGGACACCGGCAUGCUCCCUGCCAACUACGUGGAGGCCAUCUGAGCUGUGGCCGAGGGGGCGUGGAGUGACACCCGAAGCACCCAGCCCACCCGCGGUCCCCUGUCAUGUCUCUCUUGCCCAGCAUCCCUUCUCUGCCGCGUUCUGCCAUUACUCCAUCAGAGCUGCACCCCUGGCCCAUCUGUACUCUGCAGCGGGCUCUGGUUUCUCUUGCCAAUUUAGCUUUGUUUUGUAGCUAUUAUAGCUCUGUUGGGACUAGGUGGGGAACCUUCUCCAGGGGCCACUCAGGCUGGCCCCAGCAUUGCAGCUUCCCUCCUCUAAUCUCUUCGCCCUUCACCCCCAUCUUUCUGAAGGGGUAGGGGCCUAACUACCAGGCGCAUGCCCUGCAUCCCCAGGGAAUAUGAGGGAAGCAACUGGAAUCACUGCCAUCCUGAGCUAAGAAAGGAUCCCAGCUGACCUGUCUGAUAGGACCAAACCCAUCCACCUCUGCUGGGGCCCAAGCCAGGCAGCUGGAGGGGCAGCAAGGGACAAAUGACAAGGGAGUGUCCCCUUAACAGCAAGUUAGGGGAGGGGGUUAGUGGGGAUCCCCUUCUCUAGAGCCAUGAGUACCUCCCACCUGGAGGGAGGGCUUAGCUGGCAGCAGGGAAGCCUGCAGGGAUCUCGCAUUGGGCCAUCCCCAGUCGCCUCUCCCACCUCAUUGCCACCAUUAAAUGUUUCCAUUCAGUCUCUCUCUCUCCCACUUCCACUUCUCAUUUUUUCACCAACUUAAACAAAAAAGAUUAGUUCCAAAGAAUCUAAGAUCAAUCGAUUUAACCUUUAAUCUUUUUUCGCUCUGUUCCUCUAGCGUUUUCCUUGACUUUGGGGCUGUGUCACUGUCUGCAGAGGUGCUGGGAUCCCCAGGGUCUGAGGGGGACAGAGGCAGAAGUGGCAGGCAGUGGGGCUUUGGGGCUGUGGUCCUUCAAACAGGGUAGGGCUCUCAAAAGCAGCAUCGCACAGGCCUGGCCAUGCCAUUUGAGCUCCCCUGGAUUGGGCCAUCUCAUCUCUGGGCCUUCUUGACGCUCUGUGGGGGUGAUUGCAGCUGCCCUGGGAGUGAGGAGUAGCCCAUGGGCUGCUUAUGCUUGAGGCUGGAUGAGCUGCUUGUGUUUGAGAGCUAUGGGGAGGGGCAGAGGGUGACUCCCUGCCUCCCCCAUGGUCAUCCAGGAGUCCCCAUGGGGGGUGAGGAGGAAAGCAAUACCCAGAACCCCCUCUAGAACCAAAUACCAUUCCAGUAGAGGGGAAGGGCCCAUGUGCCUUCCAAUCAGCUUCUACAUUUCGCAGCAGCAAAUUCCUUUUGAUCUCUUGCAUAGAAGGGUUCUGUCUCACCUCGCUCAGCAGCUUUCAGCCAGGGUCACUGCUCGCUCUCCCAUCCCUGCUGCUGGAGGAACUCCCUGUCUGCAUGGCCGUGUGGAGCAGGGUCUGGGGAGCGGUUCCUAGUCUCUAGUGCCCCCUCACUACCCCCUGCCCCAUGGCUGUUUGGAGCCACUGACUGCUCAGUCUAGCUCUGCUUUCAUCCUAUGUCCAUGAACGAACUGAGCUGACCAUGGGAGAGAUUCUGCCACAUGAGUGGCUGGCGGAGAUGUCGUGAAAAAGGCACGAGGUGUCUUGGGGGAUUUUGGGGGGGCAAAGACCAGGGACUGGCUCUACCAAGUUCAACUUAGUUUCUGCUUUGCACUGGCAUGUGCCUUUCUCAGUAGAACAAACCUCCCCACACAACAGUCAGCCAACCCUCAGCUGGAAGGAGGAGAGGGAGCCAGCCAGUUCCAUCCGUGCCUUUCCCAGGGGCAGCAGGGCCAGUUCUAGUUCCAAUUCCAUUCCAGUUUGAGCUGGGAUGUUUACAGCCUUCUCUCCGCGGAGGGGAAGGGUCAGUGGCAAAGGGACCAGGAAGGGCAAUGAACAGAUACAUUCCACCCUCACCUUCUCUGCAUUCUCACUGGGUCCAGGCUGGUGGUAGACAUUCCAGGCUGCUGCUGGCUUGGGUCGCAUCAGGGACCAAAACUUCAAAGCACAUCCCCAACCCAAGCCAAUGUUUGGGCCCAGGGGCCACUAUAACUGGAAAUCUGUAUGCAGGGAAGAUGGUGCUAUGUUGUCCUUGGUUAAGGAAGUUGGGCAUUGAUAAUAGCUAGCUGCGAAUCCUCCCACAUUUCCCCAGUGGAUCAGCUCUGCUGCCCUCUCUGCCUUGGCAUGCUGAGACCCCCACUCCCUGGUGCCUUUCUCCCUCUCAACUGGAAUUCCAUGUAGCAUGACGGCCCUCAUUAUCCCGGGGGAGUCUGACCUGAUGGUGCAUUACAGGGGAGGCUCUUUAUGGUGCAUGCGGUGAGGUGGUCUGUAAGUUCUAAGCAGACAGGCCUGGCUAAAUGUUUUGUAAUUUUUAAUUGAGUUUUGAUAUUUGGCUUUAAGAGUCAAUGUGGGGACUAAGCUGAGAAGCAUGUCAGUUUCCAGAGUCUCCCUGAUGGGUGCCCCUUUCUCACUGAGCGCACUGGAGACCUCUGCUCGAUCCCAGUGCACUGUUCCGGGUUUACCCCUCUGUACACUUCCACUUCUGCUCUGUACACUCUUACCUUGGUGCUGCCCUUUCGGGGGAAGGGAGAAACAGGCUGCUAGGUUCUUAAAAUGGGGAAGCCACCCCUGAAAUAUGGAAGAGGACUCCACACAUGGCCUCUCCUCUUUCUCAUGUGCUCAUUGUUUCACUUCCAGAAGCACAAUGGAGAGGCAGAACCGUGGCUAAGGGACACUGAAUUGAAGGUGAAAUGUUUGAGUGAGAGGGCUUAAGGGGUGGGUAGCAGCAGCUAGCCCUGAAACCUGUCACUUCCUAGUCUCUCUCUGGUAGUUGCUAUAGUGCUGAAGCUUGUAUGGGCAAGAGGGUCUCUGGUCUCCUGUCCCCAGAUCAAUGUACUGUACUAAAAAGGUUUCUGAGCUGUUCCAUCCCACUGGACGAGCCAGCUAGCAGCAGGCUGGGGAUAAUGGUGAACCUUCUGUUUAACCAGCUUUCCUGUUCAUCUAAGGGCUUGGGGGAGACUUGGGAGGGGCGUGGGUGAAAGGAGAUGCAGUCAGCCUUGGGCAGAGCAUAAAAGUGACAGCCAUGGGCUGCAGGGAAUUGAAAUCCUUGGUGAUGCUGAAACAUGUGAGCACAAGACCUGGGGGAAUGGAGAGGUGCACAUUCCUGAUUACUAAUACUCUGUUCUUAGAGCCAGUUGUCUGGGGAGGGGGGAAGUAACAAUGUGAAUAAACCUUUUUUAAUGGACCAAAUGAAAACACAGGAAACUUAAGUUUUUGGGCCUAAAACUUUUUUAAUGCUACCUUGACACUGUUGUCCCUAUCCUCCCCUUCUCCUGCCUGCCCCCCCUUUUUUUCCUUCCGCCAUGGAAAACAGACAUCUUACUGCUUGAUUUCUGCCUUCUCUCUGACUUAUGCACUUUUUUGCCUUUUUUUUCAUAGCUGAAAAAGCACCUAAACCUGUAUUUAAAAUAAAUAAGUAAAAUCUUAAAAAAAAAAAAGAUAAAAG